AUGUCUUACGGACGCGGUGACUACGGCAACGGCGGCGGCUACGGUGGUGGCUACGGUGGCGGCGGCUACGGCGGUGGCGGCGGUGGCUACGGCGGUGGCGGCUACGGCGGCGGCGGCUACAGCAACGGCGGCGGCUACGGCGGCGGCUACGGCGGCGGCUACGGCGGCGGCGGCUACGGCGGCGGUCGUGGCGGCGGCUUCGGCGGCGGCGGCGGUCGCGGUGGCGACAACCUCGGCGCCAACCUGCAAAAGGUCAGCUGGGACCAGACCGAGCUCACGCCCUUUGAAAAGAGCUUUUACGUCGAGGACCCGCGCGUUUCGGAGCGUUCUGACCGCGAGGUCGAGGAGUUCCGUCGCUCGAAGGAGAUGACGCUGCAGGGCAACAACAUCCCCAAGCCCGUGGAGACGUUCGAAGAGGCUGGAUACCCCGACUACAUUCUGUCCGAGAUCAACAAGCUCGGCUUUUCUGCUCCCUCGUCGAUUCAGUCGCAGGCGUGGCCGAUCGCGCUGAGCGGUCGCGACCUCGUCGCGAUUGCCGAGACUGGUUCGGGUAAGACGAUCGGUUUCGCGCUGCCCAGCUUUGUGCACAUCAAGGCGCAGCCUCCGCUGAAGUACGGCGACGGCCCCAUUGCGCUGAUCCUCGCGCCGACGCGUGAGCUCGCCGUGCAGAUCCAGACGGAGUGCAACCGUUUCGCUGGUGCGAGCCGUGUGCGUACGGCCGCUGUGUACGGUGGUGUGCCCAAGGGCCCCCAGAUCCGCGACAUCCAGCGUGGUGCCGAGAUUGUGAUUGCGACGCCGGGUCGUCUGAUCGACAUGCUCGAGAUGGGCAAGACGAACCUGAGCCGCGUCACCUACCUCGUGAUGGAUGAGGCUGACCGCAUGCUCGAUAUGGGUUUCGAGCCGCAGAUCCGCAAGAUUAUCGAGCAGGUGCGGCCGGACCGCCAGACGCUCAUGUUCUCGGCUACGUGGCCGAAGGAGGUGCAGCGUCUUGCUCGCGACUUUUUGAAUGAGUACAUUCAGGUCAACAUUGGUUCGACGGAGCUUGCCGCGAACCACAACGUGAAGCAGGUCAUCGAGGUGUGCACCGACUUCGAGAAGCGUGGCCGCCUCGUCAAGUACCUCGACCAGAUCAGCCAGGAGAACGGCAAGGUGAUCAUCUUUACGGGAACGAAGCGCAUUGCGGAUGAGCUUACCAAGUUCCUCCGCCAGGACGGUUGGCCUUCGCUGGCAAUCCACGGUGACAAGGAGCAGCGUGAGCGUGACUGGGUUCUGAGCGAGUUCAAGUCGGGCCGCAGCCCGAUUAUGGUGGCGACGGCCGUUGCCUCGCGUGGUUUGGAUGUCAAGGACAUUAGCUACGUGAUCAACUUCGACUUCCCGACCAACACGGAGGACUACAUCCACCAGAUUGGUCGUACGGGUCGUGCGGGCAGCAAGGGUACUGCCAUCACCUUCUUCACCACGGCGGACACCAAGAACGCCCGCGAGCUCGUCUCGAUUCUGCGCGAGGCCAAGCAGGACGUCCCGCCGGAGCUCGACGAGAUGGUCGUGUACCGCGGCGGUGGUCGUGGCGGCCGCGGCCGCGGCCGCGGUGGCUUCCGUGGCCGCUACGGCGGCGGCGGCGGCGGCCGUGGCCCCGCCAGCUCGGGCGCCAACAACAUCAGCGUCGGCUCGCGCUGGUAA